GACACAUGGGGUCCCCGGGACCAGGGUUGGGAAGCUUUGCGCUAGGCACUACUGCCUUGUAACUGCAAAAUGUAGCAGUGGGAGGAGUCAGAAACCAAUGUUAUGGCAACUAAACUGCUGAAUUCUGAAACUAUGAAUUGAAUUAAAAAUCAAUAUUGGAGCAACAGAACUCAGAACAAUUGUAAAUAUAAUUAAAAGUAAAAUCGUUCAGAUCCAGGAUUGGUAUACGGAGGGGCAAGACUUGAUAUUAUUUCCGGUAUGCGUCCUGACCAAUGGAAGACGAGACAAUCAGCAGUAAUUUCAGCUCUUCUGUGAGUGUAUGUGGAUACCACGCACACAGUGGUGUGGAAUCGGCCUGAGAAAAUGGCUCAUUUAAAUAAAAAUCCUGCAGAUAAAGAAAGGUUUAUUUGUAUAUACCCAGCAUUUAUAAACAGUAAGAAGACCAUAGCAGAAGGCAGGAGAAUACCAGUUGACAAGGCUGUAGAAAAUCCAACAUUUGGUGAAAUAAGAGAUGUUUUAACAGCAGUGGGAGCAAAUGUUAUUGUUGAGAAUAAACUUUACCCAAGAGAAUGGAACCGCGAUGUGCAGUUCCGAGGAAGAAUACGGGUGCAGCUCAAGAAGGAGGAUGGGAGUUUGUAUCUGGAGCAGUUUUCAUCACGUAAAGAUAUUAUGCUUUAUGUGGCUGAGACGAUUCCAAAGCUGAAGACUAGGACCCAAAAGACAGGGGGAGGAGACCAGAAUGUACAGCAGGGAGAAGGAGGCAAGAAGGGCAAGAAAAAGAAGAAGUAGUUACCACUGACCGCUUCGACACGUCAUACUGGAGAUUAGCUCAGUGCAGCUUCCUUGUAAAGAGAAACCUAAGUUUUGUUUUAUCAUAAUUGGGUUGUGCUUUCCUUCUAUAAGCUACUACAUGCAAUUGUGCGGAUAAACGAAAAACAACCAUGAAUAAAGGAAGUGAAGAAAAUAAAUACAAUUUAUGAUUUUUUCAGUCAGACGUAUUGCUAAUAUGGAGCCCCGCAAUUGGGGAUUCAUGUUAGGUUUUGGUGGGGGAUAUUGCCUUAUUUUUGAAGACCGUUUUAUUCAGAAGUGUAAUAAACAUUGCCUAAUAAAUAUGACAGAAGGUGGAAAGAAUAUGCUUGUCUAAACACUUUGGAUGACAAUACUUGCACUAUACAGCAGUGAAUAAACACAAAAGAAAAUCACACUUUAGUGAGGUUUUCCGACAUUAACCGGAUAGCAGGAGCAAUGCUAUUCCUUAUUAUACAUACCGGUUUGUUGUAUUUAUAUAAGUGGUUAAAGAUAUAUCAUUAUUUGUAUGUUUUUUUGCUUCUUAUUUGAUGCAUUAUUUACAUGUAUUUGAUUCCAUGUUAAAUAAGUUUUUGUUUUUGACAAAUAAAAACACUUAUUUAGCACGCUGA